AUGAAUAUAGGAGAUCUAAUCCCCCAGCUAGCGGGUCUCACGCACAACCCUCCAAGCUCUCUACCGAUCGGUCUAGGGGGUCAGAACUUCACGCACUGCUGCCUCCUGGCGCUGAACGAAUCGCUAGUAGUCCGCUCCGACGGGAACUUAUCCUACUCGCAAGCCUCCUUCGUGGCACCGGGGGUUUCAAUCGAGGAUUUCGAGACCGCGAUCCAAAACGACGAGUUUCCUUGCGGCGCGACCUUUAACGGCAACAUGGAUGGCGCUCCGGUCGUCCGCAUCCCGUUCUACUGGUGUACGAAGCAGUGUCCGGGAUGGGAAAUAUCACACGCAAAUGCCAUGCAGCAGUGGAUCGGCCCCUUGGUGCAGUUUAUCGUCCCAAGUUUGGCAUUCUGCACCAACGUCCCGCGCACCCAUAGACUGGCCAUCCCGGAUUUUGUGUUUCGCGCCCACCCGCGCACGCUCGUCGGGUUCCUGACGUACUGGAUUCGGCUGCUAGGCGCAGUUGUGCUCAUGACUCUCGACACGGUGGUCUGGCUUGGGAUCUGCUUCGCCUUCGCGGGUCCGAUGCUGCUGAGCGCUGUGUACGAGUACGCGCUCGAUCGCAAGAUAUUGGAAUUUAUGGACCCGCCUAAUGGUAGUCCUCCGCCUAUGUCUGUACGGUUGAGGGCUCAGUUGCUGCUGUCUAUAGUCGUUGGGAAUAUUCGAAUGGCUACCCUCGAGAGAGAUGAACUGGAAGUGGAUAAUAAUCGUUAUAAUAGUACCGUCUCUAGUGAUUUGGAAGCGAUCCCGCCACUUACAAAGCGCCAAACGAGUAAACUGGUGUAUAAUAGUGUCUGGAAGAGGGUCAUGGUGAUGGUUGACGAAUACGAGGCGUCGAAGGUGAACGGUCGACAUCGUGGGGAGUUUGUGUCUUUGUCGACUAAACUCAAGGCGCUCCUCAACUCCCAAGCAAGCUUCGGAUCGACAGUAGGGGCACCAGUAUUGUUCUUCCUGGGCGGUUUCGUGUAUACAGUACUCGACGCGGAUAAUAACCUGGGGGAUAAUGAUACCGCCCACGCUCUCGCGUUUGGCUUGUGGUGGAUGGUGAUUCCUUACCUCGCUAUAAUUUCCUGUGCGAUGCUGGCAUCAAAUAGUCCCAGUACACUCGACGGUAUUGUGUACGAUGGUGGCAUUACGGCCCCGAUAGACGACUACGAGCUGAGCUUCUGGGCACAGUACCUCAAGAACAUCAAGGCAUAUAAGGGUAUCGGUUUUGUUAUUAAACAAAUGGAAGGAUAUAAUCCAGUCGAAACAGCCUUCGAAGGUAGAUUUCGCACGGUUAAGCUAUGGAAGCGAGGUCUCAACAAGCGCGAAUGGGUUCAGGAGGCGAUUAACGAGUACGCGCUCUCUUCUGAAUACCGGAGUGGCGAUAGAACAUCACCCGACGAGCUGCGCAAGGCUCUCAUGAUGAAUUGGCACGAUUGCUUGUAUGUUCUGGUCGGAGCCUUGUUCGCAGUGUUAGCGCCUUGCUGUCUCGCAUUUCUGACGUCUUACAAUACACCUCAAGCCGGACUGUCCUGCCGUAGUCUGACUUAUCUUGUUUACGCUAUCAGCCAAGUAUGUGAGAUGGCUUUGUGGACGUGUGCCGCACGGCUGAGGAUACAGUACGGCACGCAGUGGUCCGAGACCAACCCGAUCGCAAAGAGGAUAUGCUGGUGGGGACAAGUCUUCGUGGGAUUCUUUGCUAUCUUCGCGGCGGUGGGCGGUACUACUAUGCAGCUGGUGGGCGUCUAUCGAAGCUGCGCUUGCAAGGUACCGGUGAGAUAUUGGCCUAGGCUGAGCGACCCAGACGCGUACAUUGUGCUCAGCGAUAACACUGCCGAAGACAUAGAGGCGGCACGGCGCUGGUGGAUAGUGACUGGUAGCACAGCCGUAGUUGUGGUCGGCAUUGUAUGUGCGCUUGCGUGGUGGCAUCAACGUCGGCUACGAAAGAAGUUUCGUGAUGAAGCGAAUAAAUUGGAUAUUGGCGACGCGGAAAACUAG